UAUGACUCUAUCACACGCUCCAGCAUGGUCUCGUCAUGUUUCAGAAUUAAUGAAUGAUCAAUCUGAUAAUGAUUGGAGACUUCUCUCUAUGAAAUUGAACUAUUCUAAUGAUGAUAUUCGACAUUGGGCUACUCAACCAGAUCCUUGUCUAUCGAUGUUGGACGAAUGGUUCGCUACACACAAAACAAGAGAAGCUACUUUUGCCAUUUUAAAUAAUUUAAAAGAAAUGAACAGACUCAAUGCAGCAGAAAUUGUAGAAAACGCUUUAGCUUCUGUAAAAAAUGUUGUUAAAGAUGAAGAAGAAGAAUUCAAAAAACCUGAAAUAUUUCUCAGCUAUCAAUAG